AUGGAAAUACCAGAUGAAGGCACCAAGAAAGGACCAAAACCACCAAGAGUAUUUGUCACUGAAGUAGAAAAUAUAAAUCCCCUCAUGGCACUGUUAGAUGAGGAAAUUACAGGUAAAUACAGUAUUAAAGACAGUACUGAGGAGGUAAAAAUACAGGAUGACGAUGGACAAACUUACUCUAAAAUCAAGAAAGCCCUAAAUGAAAAAAACACGCAAUAUCAUACAUAUAAAACUAAGUAA